GCGUCUUCUCUGUUCUCUGCGGGCUUGUCAAUGAGAAGAGAACACCAAUUCCCAUCAUGCAAAUUCACUUUUUCCCUCGAAAUUGUCCCGUCUGCCGUAUCAAGAAAUGGGAAAAUGAGAGCUGCGAAAGGAGUAACCGGGCAGAUAAAAUUGAACAUAAGUUAACGUGCACAUAGACACAUUAAAUAUGGAACAGUACGGCAGUUGUAUUACGACGGUUCGUUAUGACAUAGAAGUUGUACGGUGUUCUGUCUUUCUUCGUUUUUGUUGUUAGCUACAUGGACGUUGAACUAGCUGGCUAACGUUAGCCACCUCCCUGUCGCGAGCAACGCCGGGGUGUAUAUCUUCGUUUAGGCUUCGGCUCAUCACCGUACUGCAGUAUGUUACAGUGGCUAAAAAGAGGGCCAGGGCUCGGUUAUAGCAUUUGAGCGUUACCGCUGUGCAAAAACAGCGUCGGUUCACACCAUUGGUCAACAAUGCACAACCCUUUGCAAGCUAUAAUUAAUUCCAUAUUCUAUGCAAGUUAGCCAGCCAGCUUAGUCAGUAGUUAAUAUGAUGGUGCAGUACAGAAAUUAAUUGCAAGUAACGUUUCAGUGCCCGUGGUACAGUGCUGCCGUUGUAUUCCCAAAAAGUUUCCAACUUGGGGAUCAUACAAGGCAGCAUGGAGCGAGGAGACACCAUGGAGCGAGCUGGCAGCAUCCAACUGGACAUCCCUGACUUCAGCAACUCUGUGCUGUCCCACCUGAACCAGCUGCGUAUGCAGGGGCGGCUGUGCGACAUUGUGGUGAACGUGCAGGGCCAGAGCUUCCGUGCUCACAAGGUGGUGCUGGCUGCCAGUUCCCCUUACUUCCGAGACCACAUGUCGCUGAGCCAGAUGAGCACUGUAUCCCUGUCAGUCAUCCGCAACCCCUCUGUGUUCGAGCAGCUCCUCUCCUUCUGCUACACCGGGAGGCUGUGCAUGCAGCUGGCGGACAUCAUCAGCUACCUGACAGCUGCCAGCUUCCUGCAGAUGCAGCACAUCAUCGACCGCUGCACCCAGAUCCUGGAGGGCAUCCAUCUGAAGAUCAGCCUGGCGGAUGUGGAGGAGGAGCUGGGGGCCGGAGUGAGGCACAGGGGGGCUGGGAGCUUGGAGGCCAGAAGAGGAGGAGGGGGGUUAGGAACAUCAGGGGGCUCGCGCUCCCUUAGCCCGCGCCACAGCAGCCCCAGGGUUCUGGGCCUUCGAGGAAGCAGUGCUGGAGGGGCCUUGGAUAUCCGGGAGGUGGGAAGCCCAGCGGGGGAGUCCAUGAGCCCCCAAAUGGUGGAGCACAGCGGGCUGGGCCCAGAGGGGCUGGCUAGGGGGGUGGUAGUGGGCAGCAGGCUGGGGAAGGAGCCCAUACUGCGCAUCAAUCGGGCUGGCCAGUGGUACGUGGAGGCCGAGUCAGAGAGAGGGAGUGGUGGUGAAGAGGGGGAGUCAGUGCGGGUGGUGGACGGGUUGAGGAUAAAGACUGAGAGGAUGGAGGAGUGGAUGGGGGCCGAUACCCAGGAGGAAGGGAGUGGGGCGGAGGAGGGAGCAGCCAUGAUGAUCGACACGUCCGGGCGCAGCUCAUUGGUGCAGGAGGGUUUUGUCACGGGGGCCAAAAGCUCUCAGCCCUCCAGCAGUUUCAGUGAGACAGAGAGGUUUAGUCCUACUGGCAGUGUGGUCGUGAUGGCCGAGAGACAGAGAGCCAAAAGUGAGUCACCCAGCAGAGCGGACAACCAGCGCCACACCAGCUCACAGGGGGAGGAGCAGGCCGUGUUCGACAUGGGUGGUUACGAGGAGUACCUGCGUGAGCAGGUGGGUGACCGCUGGUUCCGCUACAACCCUCGGCUCACCUGCAUCUACUGCUGCAAGUCCUUCAACCAGAAGGGCAGCCUGGACCGCCACAUGCGGCUACACAUGGGCAUCACACCUUUCGUUUGUCGCAUCUGCGGCAAGAAGUACACCCGCAAGGACCAGCUGGAGUACCACAUUCGCAAGCACACAGGAAACAAGCCCUUCCAUUGCCACGUCUGCGGCAAAAGCUUCCCCUUCCAGGCCAUCCUCAACCAGCACUUCCGCAAGAACCACCCGGGCUGCGCCCCUCAGGAGGUGGCCCACAGUGCCUCCCCAGAGACCACCACCGUCUCCUCCCUGGGGGGCCAGAACGAGGAGUCGUCGCCCAGCCAGGAGGAGCCAGAGGGGGGUAGCAACGGAGGUGGGGCCUCUUUUGGAGAGGGUGCCCAGGCCUCGGUCUCCACCACUGGGCCUGAUUGACCCAGUGGACCAUGGAGGGAGAUGGUUGGGCUAUGGGAGAACAGGGUAUUAGUUUUUUGGGGGGGGGGGGUUGGGGGCAAUUAGGCUGUCAUUUUGUGCUCUCCUGCCAGGCAAAGAAAAAAAAAUAUAUAUUGAAGUUGCUUCAUAGGAAAGGAUGAAAAGGAAGUAGGUGAUUUCAGAGGGUUUCAAGUCCAUCCAGGGUGUUAUUUUUAUAAGCAUUUUUCAAAUCCCUUCAACUAAACAGAGUUCCAGAAUGAUGCAAAAGAGUAGUUUGAUAGGGCACUUUGUAUUAUAUAGUUAUUUAUAAGUGAUAUGUCCGCUUUAAACCACAUCUACCUUCAUAAUACAAACUGAACAGAUAAAUCGAACACAUGAAGAAAUGCCACACUCUAAUAACUACAUACAACACUGAAUGCCCGUAGUUUUUAUUUGACUGUCUAUUUUCCCAUGUUACAGUUUUAUACUUUUGUAUUACCGGUUUACAGGUUCAGAAUGCAGAAAAAUAACAGGCUGAACUGGUCACAGUUUGGUCAUAUUGUAUUAAUAUUGCCAAAACACUGUGCCAGUAUAAUAACUACAUACAUAUAUACUCUCCAUUUUUUUCCUUUUGCCUUGAGACAAUCUUGAGCAGUUGGGGGUCAAUGAUAGAUAAUCAGACUCUUCAUAUAUGCUCAUUUUAAGUGCCAGAAUGGCUUUAAAAAAUGCAAUUGCACAUGAGUAGUAGAUAUGGCCCAGUGAACAAAAAAACGGUUAAUUUGGUAGUAAUAAGUGCAAUGAUGAAAAUAACAUGACCUUCUUGACCGAUGUCAAGAAGACCGAAGGGUCAACAUGGCUAAAUGCUUUCGAAAGUGUAACAUUAUUUACUCAGUACAACAAUUUUACAGAUGUAUUGUGAAAGAGGACUCUUAAUCCAUCUGUAUUUUACCGGUUAAAACCUCAUAUCUCUACAUUCUUCAACUAGCUGCUGAAUGCAUACUUAUAUAUAGGAACGCAAAACACAGGAAACUCAAUGGUCUUCAACCUCAGAUAAGCUACAAUAAAACUGUUACCUCUCACACAUCACUACGCAAUACAGGUCUGCUUCAAGCAGAUUGGUCGAUACACUCAGCAGAAUUUACAGUAUGUAAUUGUUUUCUCAUUUUUCUAUGUUGUGGUUAACGUUAACUACUUUUUUUAUAAGUGACAAUUUUUUUUCGCAUAGGUCUCAUGUCUUCGGGAACAUUUUUUAUCUAGCUCUGACAAUGUAUCUGGAGGAUGUAGAGACGAGACAAGAUUGUAAUGGAGGACACUCGUAUCCCUAUCAGGGGAGUCCUAAGGAGGAGCAGGAUGGGAGACUAAUAAGACCUUGCGGCUGUACUGUAGUACCACCCAAGAGAAAGCAGGAGGUCACUGACUGCCACGGAUGGCCCAUCACCAGAGGAUAGACACGCAGCCUGCGUGCUUGCUACAGUAGAAUGUGCUCCAUUGGAAAUCAGUAAGAGGCAUCCUGGCAAACAAUGGAUUUCAGAGGACAAGCCAAGGAACUUAUUUCCCCCCUCACAUGGAGGCCAACAUUACUAUGCCAAGCACUUAAAGGAGGGGUUUGAAAGGAUAGCAUUUAAGAAUUAUGUAAAAGGUAUAUAUCGCAUAUGCAUAUUUAAACCCAUUUGUUGCUAUAUAAGAGUAAAGAGAACCUAAACAACUUGCUAAGAUUUUGAACACAGAUAUAAUGGUAGCAUUAGUGGAUUGGCUGUUCUCCCCCCCCCCACCC